AUGUACUUCACUCAGGCUCUUACCGUUGCGCUUUCCCUUUCGGCUGCUGCCGUCAAGGCUGCCCCCGUUCCCGGCAGUCAGAAGGACACCUCGAAGCUCGUGCUUCGUUCGGUCCACGAGAGCCAGAUCGCCGUCCGGAGCGUAGGCAUCAGCGAUGCCGUCAGCUCGAGGCCGCUUCAGGCUCGCGGUCUCGACCCCGUCACCCACUUGCGCAGGGCCAUCGACCUUCGCUUCGGCAACGUCGACCCCAAGGCGCGCGACCUUGCCAUGGUCACCGAACUUCACCGUCGAGGCCUGCUCGACCAGCUCAUCGCAGCUCUACGCGACCUGAUCAUCACCCUUCUUGGCAAGGGAGGUGGAAUGUCGCGCCGACAGGCGAGCACCGAACAGCUCGAGCAGGCCAUUCACCAGGUCACCUGCAUCCUCGAUGCUCUCUUUGGCAACACCGACAGCGACGGCACAUGUGCCGACGUGCUCGGCGGUGCGGCCAACUCAACCAACACCACUGGUGCUGCUGCCAACCGAACCGCCUCGCCUCUCGAGAAGAAGCUCUCCGCUCUCGGCGCUCAGCUCCGCAACGGAACGAGCAUCACCGAGAUGGUGGACGACUACAUGGCCGGCAAGCAGGGCAGCGCCUCCACCGCUGCUCAGGCUUCCAAGGCUGUGCCCGCUGCCGCUAAGGCAACCGGCACCAAGAAGGCCGACAAGAAGGACAAGGCCAAGCACCACCCUGCCAAGAACGCCACCUCGACCGACACGACUGCUUCCGCGGCCAAACAGCAGCAGAAGCGCUCCACCGAACUCCUCGAGGCCCGACAGGACUCGGGCCUCACUGGUCUUCUGGUGGCUCUGCGUGAUGUUGUGGACACAAUCCUCAACACGCUGCUGCCCAUGUCUUCGCGCGCCGAGAGCGACAACUCGACCUCUACGACGUCCUCCUCGGGCAAGUGGCCUCCUCAGGACUGCCCUCCGCCCACGCCCAACGAUGGCAUGUACCGUCCCGGCUGCCCCGGGUACGGUCGACGUGACAUCGCCGUGCGCAGGAGCAUGGACCAGCUCGGCGAACGCGACGCCAACAUCCUGCAGAGCAUCAUGCCAAUGAUCCAGAUGCUCCUCGAGCAGCUGCCCGCCCUCAUCAAGUCGAUGGCCUCCGACCCCAACGCCACAUCGACCGUCACCUCUGUGACGAACGCCGGCACCACGACCACUGGCCCCACCGCAGCCGCCGAUGAUGCCUUCUCGCAGAUCAUGUCUGCGCUCGGCUAUGGUGGCGAGGCGGCCAGCCCCAGCCCUUCCUCCGGCUCCAAGACCGGCUCUGCUGCCAAGGCGCAGUCGACCGGUGCUGCUGCCGGGACCAAUGGCACCAGCUCGGCUGCUCGCAGCGCGGCCAACCUCAGUCAGAACUUUGCCCGCGAUCUGCUCGAUGGCGAUGGCAUGAACCUUGGCAAGCGCCAGACAGGCACCGGUGGUGUCACAGAUGGUGUCACCGACGCCCUUGGCAGCGACAACUGCGACGCCAGCGGCAACUCUGGCGGCAUCAAUGUCAGCCUGCUCAACAACCUGCUCAAUGGUCUGCUGAGCGGCCUGGGCCGACGCAGCGAAGACUCGAUCCCGCUCGAGUUCUUCAAGCGCCAGGCGACCACAGACGACGGCGACACUGUCAUCGGCAGUGGCAACUGCAGCGCCAGCAACAACACUGGCGGUGUCAACCUCAGUCUUCUCGACAACCUGCUUAACGGCCUUCUUUCGGGCAUCGGCCGCCGUGACGUCCCCGCCGAGGGAAUGGUCUCGGUCGAGGCGCUGAAGCGGGACGCGGCCGAGCCGCUCGCUGAGCGUGCCGACUUUGCGCCCGUGUGGACCGAGAUCAAGAAGAUCGGUAACGAGCACUUCCACAUUGCUCGCGAUCUCUCGAACACCGAAGAAGCCGCCACUGCCGCCAAGCGCGAUGCCAACACCGACGAUGCACCCGACUUUACUCCUGUCUGGGAAGCCUUCCGCGACCUUGUAGACAGCGGCUACUCUCAGGCGGCUGAGGGUUCGUCUGCCCAACGUCGCGACGCCGGUGCUCCGCUCAAGCUCGACUACAAGCCUCUGAUGAAGGCCGGCAUCAAGUUCGGCAAGCAGGUGUUCAAGUCGUUCACUUCGCAGCACGCCAAGCGCUCCACCGACUUCAAGCCCUUCGUUGAUGCGGCUAGCAGCUUUGCUGCCACCGCGAUCAAGGAGAUGUGGAAGUCGUCGUAA